CGUGCCCGGCGUCGCCCAGAGCGCGCGUGCGCGCGCCCCCUCCCCUCCCCCCUCCCCCCGCCCUCACCUGGCGGACCCGGCGGCAGCAAUGGCGGCGCCCACGGCCUCCCUGCGGCCCGUCACGCACUUGCUCUUUGACAUGGACGGCCUCCUCCUCGACACGGAACGGCUGUACUCGGAGGUGUUCGGCGAGAUCUGCGGCCGCUACGGGAAGGCCUACAGCUGGGACGUCAAGGCCCUGGUGAUGGGCAAGACGGCGCUGGAGGCCGCCCAGAUCAUCGUCGAGGAGCUCUCGCUGCCCACCACCGGCCAGGCGCUGGUGCAGGAGAGCCAGGCCAUGCUGCAGGCGCGGUUCCCCACCGCGGGCCUCAUGCCAGGGGCGGAGCGGCUGGUGCUCCACCUGCGCCAGCAUGGCGUGCCCAUGGCGGUGGCCACCAGCUCGGGGCAGGCGUCCUUCCGGGCCAAGACGCAGGCGCACGGCGGCCUCUUCCGGCUCUUCGACCACGUGGUGCUGGGCGACGACCCCGCCGUGCGCAGCGGCAAGCCGCACCCCGACAUCUUCCUGGCCUGUGCCCGCCGCUUCUCGCCGCCAGCCCCCCCGGAGCAGUGCCUGGUCUUCGAAGACGCCCCCAACGGGGUGGAGGCGGCGCUGGCGGCCGGCAUGCAGGUGGUGAUGGUGCCCGACGGGCACCUGCGGCCGGAGCUGACGGCCAGGGCCACGCUGGUGCUGGCCUCGCUGCAGGACUUCCAGCCCCAGCUCUUCGGCCUGCCACCCUUCGCCUGAGGCCGCCCCGCCCGGCCCCACGGUGAGCCGUCUGCCAGGGGUAUC